AUGGAAGCGGUUCCAGCUCGGAAUAGAAACAGAACAAUAAUAGAACAGUUGCUCCAACCGCUAAUCGACGGAUAUGGGAUAACGCAUGGGAUCAGGAAUGCUAGGACUAGAAUUGCCACUACAGCAACAACAAAACCCACAAAAUCCUCACCACUUGCGCCAUCCCCAAAUGGUAGCCUAUCCCCCCAUGAAUCAGACCACCACCAGCACUCCCAACAAUCUGUCAAACAUGCCUAUCCUUUUGCCUCCACAAAGCCCAAACAAUUACUAUCACCAUUGAGUGAUGAAGAUGAGCCUUCUUUCACUGGGGACGACAGCACUACUGAUGGCAAAAGGAAGAUGUCUCCAUGGCAAAGAAUGAAGUGGACUGAUAAUAUGGUCAGGCUCCUUAUAAUGGCAGUUUUUUACAUUGGUGAUGAGGUUGGGUCUGAAGGGAGUGACCCUAUAGGCAAGAAAAAGCCAGGUGGUCUGGCACAGAAGAAAGGGAAAUGGAAAUCUGUUUCUAGGGCGAUGAUGGAGAAAGGGUUUUAUGUGUCUCCACAGCAAUGUGAGGAUAAAUUCAAUGACUUGAACAAGAGGUAUAAGAGGGUUAACGAUAUCCUUGGAAAGGGGACUGCUUGCAGGGUUGUGGAGAAUCAAAGUUUGCUUGAUAUUAUGGAUUUGUCACCAAAAUUGAAGGAUGAAGUGAGAAAAUUGCUCAAUUCCAAGCACUUGUUUUUCAGAGAAAUGUGUGCUUAUCAUAAUAGCUGUGGCCAUGCUCCAACUGGCGUUGCCUCUGGUAUUAAUCACUCACCAGAUAUGGCUACAGAGCCAUCUCAUACUCAGCAUCAACAAGCAACACAACAGCAACAUCAAAGGUGUUCUCAUUCAACUGAAAAUGCUCCAGUUGUGACCAAUUCGAGGACCGAAACAGAAGCCUCAAAAAUGGCAAAAAGGGCAAGAAAUGAAGAGGACGAGGAAGAUGAGGAGGACGACGAAAGUGACGAUGAUGAAGAUGAUUAUGAAGAGGAUGAGGAUGAGGCAAUAGAAGGCAGUUCAAGGCAUCAAGAAGGGCAUGGCCACGGGGAUGAAAACGACCAUGAAGAGAAAUCAUCACGGAAACGGUCAAGAAAGGAAGUUUUUUCAGCAACUUCAUCUUUGAUGCAGCAAUUGAAUGGUGAAAUAACCAACGUGCUCCAAGAUGGAGCAAAGAGUUCAUGGGAGAAGAAUCAGUGGAUGAAGCUGAGGUUGAUGCAAUUAGAGGAGCAGCAAGUGAGCUACAAAUGCCAGGCAUUUGAGCUUGAAAAGCAAAGGUUAAAGUGGGUGAAAUUCAGUAGCAAGAAAGAGAGGGAAAUGGAGAGAGCAAAGCUUGAGAAUGAGAGAAGAAGGCUUGAAAAUGAGAGAAUGAAAGAGCCAGCUCCAUUGCUGAAGCAGAGGAGUCUUGGAAAGCUUCACCACGGUCCAGAAGAUUGUCAACAUGCUUCCUUCCGAAAGCAGGAGGAGUUCCAUUCCCUCUUCUGUGCCUCGUGCAUUAAAAGACCAAUUGUUGGGCAAGAAAGAGUCCAUACGAGGCUUGCUAAAAUCUCUGCAGUUCUAACUUCCGCCCAUGGGGGACCUUUCUUGUAA